CGCAGUUGCGAUCUGGAAAGAGAUCUUGCGAUCAGGAACUGCGGGUUGUGAACGGUUCAAUUUAGCUUUGCUAGACUAUAUUAGUUACUUCAUUGGAGGGCCGGUAUGCAAAAUUAGCAUUCAUGUCGUGCAGAACUGGAGCCAGCAUUUGGGGUGCACUGGAUUGCAUUUAUUAUGAAGACCUCUGUCUGCCAAACGCAGAUAACAGAAAGCUUCUCGCGUUGUGAGGAGGGCUCGUAUAGCGCGAGAACGCGGAGGAAAAGAGAUGCAUUUCUAGACAGUCGAAUAGCCUAAUAGUUACAGCUUUCUAAAUGCGUCUUCUUAUCGAACAGCCAAGAACAAUGAGCAGUGGCUCUAGCAACUUUCUGCUAGUGCCUAUACCGGAGUAUCCUGUACUAGACUGCGUGCCAAACAAGAACGUCAAAAUAGUUGUUCUUGGUGCAAGCAAUGUCGGAAAAACAGCUCUGAUUGUACGAUUUCUUACUAAGAGAUUCAUAGGAGACUAUGAAGCCAACACAGGAGCCUUGUAUUCAAGGAAGAUUAAUUUGGAUGGGGAGCAAGUUUCUUUACAAGUGCAGGACACUCCGUGUGUUUCACUCCAGGAUGACGCAGAGGGUCUUUACUGUCAAGAGCAGAUCAACCGCUCCAUUUACUGGGCAGAUGGUUAUGUUCUCGUCUUCUCCAUCACUGACCUCAACAGCUACCGUACCAUCCAGCCUCUCUAUCAACAUGUGCGGCGAAUCCAUCCCAGCGGCAACAUCCCUGUUAUCAUUGUGGGAAACAAGAGCGACCUGCUGCGUGCCCGGCAGGUCCCGGAUCACGAGGGUAAGGCGCUGGCUGAUGAAUUGGGAGGGCCCUACUUUGAGGCUUCGGCCAGGGAGAACCAUGAGAGCGUCCAGGCUGCUUUUCUGUACUUAUGUCAGGAGGUUAGCCGAGCGCUGGGAGGAGGAAAUGGGGAGAAGAGAAAAGGUGGACUACACCUUGCCAGGCCAAAGAGCCCAAACAUGCAAGAGCUGAAGAGAAGGUUCCGGCAAGUCUUGUCUUCCAAGGUCAAGUCAGCGACUGCACUAUGAGGAUGAUAUGAUUGACGAAUGUGACUGUAUAGGAUUCAGAAAGUUUUAACAAAAUGCUGUUGCAUAAGUGAUUGUGAAACACGAGGCAAAACAAAGAAACUUGCCAGCUGAUUUUGCAAGUAUAGAUGAGCAGUGAGAUCACUGUGCUCUGGAUGAACUGUAACAUGGGACUCCUGGCACUGAACUUCUAAUGGUUUUAAGGCCAAAAAGUU